GUAACUCGGAUAAAGCUAUCAUUUGCAGCACAUUGACUCCAGAGAUAAGCGAAAGGACAAGUAUUGACAGUACUGAGUGUGCAAAGAAAGCGGUCCAUCAUUAUCACAAGUAUUAUACACAAGAUUGUGGAUGUGCAGCAAAAAAACUGGGAUGGUCGACAGUAGAAAAAUCAAGAGGAUGGUCGAAAGGUCAAGGUAUUUAAAGUGGCGUUUCCCACAACGCACAUCUACAAUCAGCAGUUCAAAGAAGCAUUGUACGCGUCAGGAGACCAUCUUUCCAAUUACCGAAGGAAGAAGAGACAUUCGGCGAGGAACGAGUACCAUUAAGAAAAGGAAAGGUCGUAUUACAUCACAAUUUCAGUCGUGCUUUAAGAAUUUUUCUGGAUGUCAGUUUACAUACACACACGAAGAUGGCAAUUAUGGUCAAAACAGGGUUUUGGGACACAUGGAUCUGGUCAGAAAUAAUAGACAUGAGAAACAGUGCCGCAAACAUGACAGUGAUCAAAAUGAUUUGAAUCACGCAGUUCAUGAUCAGACUAAUUGUCAACAGAAUUCAACCCGUGAUAACUCCAAAACAAACACAGUAACUGAGGAUAAACCCAUCUUACCUUUCCGGUCUUCAGUUAAAGAAGUUAUUGUGAAUGAUCGAGUUUCAGUAUCCGACUGCAAUGAACGAAAUCCGGAAAUUAAUGAGUCCACAACACUUGCAUCAGAACGGUCAUUAUUUGGCGAGUUCCAAAAAUGUCUUGAUUCUUUCAAAUCCACAUUUGCUACAUCUGUUUGUCAAGCCAAAACACGUUGGCCGCAUACGUUUACAGUAACUGUUAACACUUCGUCUAACAAGACUUCUAAACAACCUGGAACACUAAUUGAUGAUUCCAGUGCGCGCGUCCAUGUAGCGAAGUCGAUGGAAAGUGAUACAAAUGGAACUAAUGCAGAGACCUUAAAGAAAACAGUCAAAAGAAUAAUAGGCAAAGAGACUGAUUGUGUCAGUGACGAGGAGGUAAUCAAUGGUGCGAUGAAACAAUAUAAUCCAACAUUGACAGAUAAUUUUAAAAACUGGUUUAAACAUUACAACACUCUGAAAGAAAAUAAUGUACCAGAAGAAAUGCCUGUCAGGAAAGUUAGUAGCAAACAUGAACACUUGCAAAGGGCAUGUUCUUUGCCGACGUCCAAACCUGACAGAAUUCACACCAAAGAUACAAUUGAAACUGUAUCCAAAAAGGAAAACAAAGACAAAGAAACUGCUGCUGAAUAUUUACCGCCAAAAAAGAGAUUUUGUUUUUCGUUUAACCACAGCCCAAUGAAGAAGUCGGAAAUGUCAAAAGACGCGUUAAAGUCUAUUUUGAAAAGCCCAAGAUCUGCUUUCAAACACGAGGUUUCACCACGGAAACAGAUGGUUUGCUUUGUUGAAGAUGUUUCUGUAGCGAUAAAAGACAAAGAGCGGGGUUUAGUGACGACGCCAAAACGGCUCCUGUCAAAUUCAAGUGAUGUCAUGAAAGCAACUUCACAAUCGAGUACAAAGAAAAGGUCGAGACCCAAGCUUACAGAGGCACAGAUCAAACUAGCGGAGAUAGUAAAACGAUUAAAAAUGGAGAGAAUAAAUGGAAGGAAAGAUACUAAAGACAACGUGAUUCCCAAAUCAAACACAGUGCCAUGUGCCUCUUCCCUAUCAAAACAUUUUCAAGGUAAAAAUCUCACAAUCUUGAUAGAGGCACCGCACAAGAAAAAGAAGUCUGCUUCAAGAGUAGUUAAGAGUACAAAGAAAGACAUGCCUACUACUACCUCAGUAGUAAGCAACAGUAGCUCGUCUCAGCUAAGUCCUGUUAUUUCUACCAAGGAAUUGGUAAUCGAUGCUUGCAUUUGCCAACCAUGUAAAGAAACGCCUCAAAAGGAAAUGUUAUCAUCUAUGAAAGAAAAAGAAAUAGAUACUCAUAUUACUUCAUUCCUAAGAAACAUUCGGUCUUCCAAUGGGAACCAUUUUCCUUGUGCAAAGGAUGUGGUAACAAACACUUCCAUUAACAAACUAUGUCGAGAAACACCUUCAGCGAAAAUGGUAUAUACGAAAGGAAAAGAAAUAGAUAGAUGUAACACCUUAAUUCAAAGUGCCAAUAGUUCAUCUGGGGAGAGCCAUGAUACUACGGGAGUGAAAACAGAUACUUCCAUUUACAAACUAUGUCGAGAAACGCCUAGUAGCUCUUCUGAACAGGUCCGUGGUUGUGCUAAGGAAGUAGUAGCAGAUACUUCCCUUUUAAAGGGAGAAGAAAUACCAAGUAGUAAGGUUAACAACUCUGAGAAAUACACUGGAAAUAUAACACACGAUUACAAAGUACAUCAAAAGUCUUCUUUCGCAAGAACAAAACUAACAAGUAUUCGACUCUUUCCAUGCCAUCUUUGUGACAAGAAAUUCAUCAGUCCUGCAAAGUUGGAGUCUCAUAAACCUACACAUCAUACUUUGUGCCCGUCUAUUAAUUUUGCACUCACAAGCAUUGAUGAUCCACCAGACAAGGUUCAGAGACGUAUGGCAUUAAAUGAUGGAGAAAAUACACAUAAAGAAAACCAUCUGGAAAAUCACAAUGUGAAGGAGUGUGGGAUAAAAAAUGUUACGGACAGUAGUAGAGACGAUGGUAAUGAAAUUGAAUCCAAGGAUGUAAACAGGUUAAAAAGCGCUUGUAAUUCUGAAAUUGACCUUAUAAAUCACCCUCGUGAAAAGAAAACAAAUGGCACGACACAAUGUACUCACUGCAACAGAGAAUUUAAAAACAUGGAAAAUCUUAAACGUCAUGAAAGAGCCCACACGAUGGGGAAAGAACACGCAUGCGUAUUCUGCAAAGAAACGUUCUCUUUAAGUAGUGAAAGAAAUAAGCAUGAACGCGUGCAUGGUAUCAAAGAAACAUGUUCAUGCGAAGAGUAGAAGUACAGUAAUACUCUAUGACUAACAUUAACACAAACAUUCCAAAGUCUUAAUAUUGUUCUACAAAUACACUAUUUUAUUCACGUUAAAAUUACGUCAAUCAUAAACUAAGUAUAGUAAAAAUGUAUAUAUUUUUACUGUGCAGUACUUAGUUUAUGAUUGAGUACAGUAAAAAUGUAUAUAUUUGUUGAAAAAAUAUUUUUUAUAUCGCAUUAGCCUUCUUAUAGUUAAAACCUGUAUACAGAUACAGGUAUUCAUAAAACAUUUAGUACAUUAAUAAGAAAUGGAAAAUAUAGCACGUUAUAUAGAGUCAAUUCAUAUUAUUCUUUUAACUUUCAUAUUUUGACGUUUCAUUUCUUGAUUACUUAAAUCAGUUAUGGUCAUGGUAAUAUAUGUCCUUAAAAAGAGAACUAAACAUUCGUUAAAAUAAGGUAUAUUUGCGUUUUUAAAUAUGUCAACUCUUUCUUUGACGUUUGAUGUUUAUUUCUAACACACACACACACACCAUGCUUUUUAGUUCCUAUGCAUGUAAUGCAAUAGGAACUAUUGUAAUCACUCUUGCUAUUUCCUAUGUUUUUUAUUGUGUGUAGUGUGUGUG